AUGUGCGAUCCAAGCUACGUGUCGAAAAAAGGAUCGAAAGAAAUUGACGGGGGUCAGGACUCUGUCACAAUGCCAACGACGUCCGUUAGCCUACAUUCAGCUGCUGACAAUUCAUGGAGGGCUACAGUUCUCCUUCAGACUGCGACGGCUAUGCUGUCAGGAGAAAUCUCUACGACACUUGCCAGAAUCAUGUUUGAUAGCGGGAGCCAGCGGUCCUUCAUAUCAAGGAGGAUGGCGAAGAAACUGGGGUGGAAGUAUUUGGAGACCGAGGAGCUUACGGUUGAAGUGUUUGGAGGCCACCUCUCAGAACGGAGCUUCAGGAGAGUACGAUUGUCAAUGAGCAGUCGUAAUGGAGAAGAGAGCUUCGAAAUUGAAGCAUUGGAAACCGACAGCAUUUGCGAACAGAUUCUUCCGAUGAUUGACAAAGAUAUACAAGGCAAGCUGAACGACAAGAAUCUGGAGCCAGCUGAUGUUAUUCAGACCGAUUCCAAAGAGAUCGCAGUGCUCAUAGGAUCCGACUAUUAUUGGGGAGUCGUCAGCGGGAAGGUGGAAGACCUUGGCAAGGGACUGAGGGCCAUCGAAACGUCCUUCGGCUGGUGUGUUCAGGGCCCCAUCCCGACAGGCGGAAAUGUUGUACACUGUAACAAGACGGUAGUGCUGCGGACGGUUACACAAGAGCGGCCACUGGAAGAGUUCGUGACAAAGUUGUGGGAUUUGGACAGCCUGGGAAUACGUAAGACAGAAAACGAUGAUACGAAGGAUAACGACGUUGUAACGUCGUUAAUGGAGACUGUGGUGAAGGUCGAAGAUCGCUAUCAAGUAUGCCUACCGUGGAAAACGGAAGUGGAUCUGGAGAGCAGCGAGGCCGUCGCCCGAAAGCGACUUCAUCAACUCCUGAGGAAGCUUACACGUGACUCACAGCUCAUGAACGAGUAUGACAACGUCAUACGGCAGCAGCUACGCAGCGGUAUUGCGGAAGUGGCAAACCCACACCAAUCAUCGCAGGGCAGGACGUACUACAUGCCCCAUCAGGCGGUAAUCAGAGAAGGCGCCAGCACGACACAGCUGCGGGUCGUAUUUGAUGGCCCGUCACACGAUGCCAAAGCGAAGUCACUGAACGACAAUUUGGAAAGUGGCCCCAACUUGAUCUGUGACCUAGUGGCAUUACUGCUGAACUUCAGGAAAUAUCGGGUGGCUAUGGUCGCUGACAUCGAGAAGGCCUUCUUACAGAUUGGCAUCACCGACGCUGACAGAGAUGCACUACGUUUUCUGUGGCUGAAGGAAGCUCCGACACACGAUCAACCUUUGCCAGACAUCGAAACGUACAGAAUGGCCAGGGUCCGUUUUGGAACCACGUCGAGCCCUUUUCUACUGGCAGCUACAUUACAACAACACCUGCGAAGCCUGAAAGACGAAUACUCCGUCACGUCUACGUUGCUCAGCGAGUCAUUGUACGUUGACGACCUUCUAGUGGGAGCAGCAGAUUAA